AUGACCAUCAACAAGCCGGGUCCACCACCACACGCCGCUUGCGACACUACCAUGCAUACAGACGUACCAUCUUCACACUACAUCUCCGCGUCUGAGACGGAGGACUCCAUACACACAGUCAGUGAAUAUGACUCUGCGGACGAGUCCGAUGCAGCAUGCGACACUCCACCAGAGACACCACCAGCGUCACCAAAGCUACCAAGAGCAGCACCACAAGACCUAAAGGAAUAUCCGAUUCGCACAUGGCAAGAUUCUACAGGCUAUUUCAGAGUCGAAGGAUGCUUCGUCGAGCUGAGGGGCGGCAAAAGCCAUAUUCAAAAGGAUGACGGAACCAUACUCGCCCUUCCGAUCGACAAGCUGGCCGCGCAAGAUGGCGAGUACAUCGAGAGCAUCACCAGUGGCCAGCCAGUGCGCAGCAACCUCUCCGAGCCUGUGGUCGGCAAAGCCACCCUCCCAUCUGCCAGCACGUUGCCAACUGCACCUGACGGACCGCUUCAAGCCUCAGUAGAGGGCUCUGUAUUGCCCGUGCUGCCAUGUGCUUCCACGAUGUUACUUAUCACGGUGUCCCGACUGCUGAUGCUCGGCACAGUGGGCAUUGCGGCCUUGCUGAUAUUCGGCCCACAGAACAUCUCCUACGUGGAUUCUUGCCUCCAGCGCCUGGCAGACUUGCGACACAUGAGCAUUAUCCUCAAGGUCUUCUUCCCGUCCUUCGCGGCAUUGGCAUUAAUCCUUGGCGAGACAGACCUCCUCAAGUCACUUGCGAAUAUCAGGACGCAGCAUAGAGACCUCAAGGACAAGAGGCUCUAUAAGACAGCUCCAUCGGCGUAUACCAUGGAGUCCACCCUCUGCCAAACGUUGAUCAGCAGCUUUCUGAUGCGGUACUUCGUGGGCAUCUGGGUGGCAGUAAUCAUGCUAGUGGUUUCCGUGGAGAUACUGAGCAUGCAUUCUCGCGGCGUGCUGAAGCAGACGCUCACGCAAAGCAUUGACUUCAUCACAAAAACCAGCUUGUCAUUAGGAGCAUUCGUGGCUCGCCACAGCCGUGCGGCAUCACGCAAGAUUUACUCAAUCUCCAAGCGAACGCCAGCACUCCUCUACUUCAUCCUCGCCCUUGUGAUCGCAGGCCUGGCCAUGUUCGCCAAGGGUAUUAUGGCAGGACAACGAGGCAGUGCUAGGGGACAUACCACCACAACAGACACGCGCAGUAUCAGCGGCGGUUACGGCAAGGACAGCACAACAGUUUCAACUCAAGCGGCUGCAAAGACUGCUACAAAUGUCAAGGCUGUAGUGGGUGCAAAGAUUGCAUCAACUGCCUGGAUUGCCUUGGAUGCAAAGACUGUAGAGACUGUCGGUCCUGCAGUGGCUCCAAAGAUUGUAGGGACUGUGCGAACUGCCGCGGAUGCAAAGACUGUGUGGGAUGUGUGGGCUGUAGCGGGUGCGUUGACUGCGUGGACUGCUACAACUGCGUUGGUUGCCGUGGUCUUCGAGGCGUCUCCAAUGCCGUUGGACAGCGUGCUUGAGAGGUUCUAG